AUGGCUGGUGUAUAUGAUGAAAUUGAAAUUGAAGAUAUGGAUUUUGAUGAAGAAACAGGAGUUUUCACAUAUCCUUGUCCUUGUGGUGAUAGAUUUGUUAUAACUUUAGAAAUGAUAAAAAAUAAUAAUGAUAUAGGCACUUGUCCAAGCUGUUCUUUGACAAUAAGAGUUAUUUAUGAUGAAAAUUAAUAUAAAGAAUAUGAAAAGUUAUUAAUAAGUUGAAAACAAACAAAAAAUCAUUAAACACAUAUUUAAUUAAUGAAAUAUAAAAAAUAAUAGCAAAGUAUUUUUGUUGCCAAAUUAUCAUGUAUAUAAAUUGUUUAUAAGUUUAUUUUUAAAUGGUUUUUUUUCUUUUUGAUUUAUAAAUAUAAAUUAAUUUAAUUCUUAUUAUUUUUAUACUUUUAAAAU